AUGAAGGGGACACUUCUUCUACUGGCCUUUCUGGUGAUUGGAGAGCUGGGCUUCCGGACAGCAGAAGCAUGCGUUCCUUUCUUUGGUAUCUAUUCGAAGAUUGUCUCUGGAAGCAGUUUGUGGUUGAAGAAGGAACUUUCUUUUUUUGAACCUACUGAAGAGGAAAAGGCAGCCUUUCAAAAAAUCCAGGACUGCUACAAGGAAGCAGGAUUUAAAGCUAAACUUCAAGAUGCGAAAUUUAUGAAAUCCUUGCUCCUCAGCACAGAAUGCAAGACAUACUAUGGCGACCAACUUGCAAUGAAAAUUAAGAAUGGGUUGUCCAAGAUUUGGGUGUAUUAG